CCGGCAUGCAUAGCGCCGCCAGCGCAUGAUUAAUGCUAAUUGCUGCUUGGGUAAAGGGCAACCAGUGGUUGGUAACCAGACCCAGAGCCUUUGAGAGAGGGGGAGGGUAUCUGUCCCAGACAUGAGAAGGGCCCUGAUCCAGUGACUGGGGACUGAGAGCGAAUCUGAUUCAGAGUCCGUACCGGGGCUUGCUCCAGGCUCUCUGUCUCCGGUUACCAUCCCCAGUGUUUGCGGGACGGUCCUUGGUUGUGAGGGCUUCUAUCUCUGGGUCUGUCGUGAGUGAGUGGAGUGAGUGAUUGGAGUGAGUUGAGUGAGUGAGUGAGUGAAAUUAAAUUCAUUCUUAAAAAACAGUCAUGCCUGGGACUAGUAAUAUCCCUGACGAUGUGGAUACUGAUGACUGUUUGUUAAACUAUUCCUAUAUUUUCAGCCCUGAUAUCCUAAAGGACAAGGUGGCAUUCAUCACAGGAGGAGGGUCUGGCAUUGGAUUCCGAAUUGCUGAGAUUCUGAUGAGACACGGAUGUCACACUAUUAUUGCGAGCAGAAGCUUGGAGCGAGUACAGGCAUCUGCAAAAAAACUCACGGCAGCCACUGGACUGCGCUGUCUGCCAGUGUCACUCGAUGUCAGGCAGCCUGCAACCAUUGUUGCUGCUGUGGAGGCGACACUGCAGAAAUUUGGGAAAAUUGAUAUCUUGGUUAAUGGUGCUGCAGGUAACUUCCUGUGUCCUGCCAAUGAUCUGUCGUUCAAUGCUUUCAAGACUGUCCUGGAGAUUGAUACAGUUGGAACCUUCAACACCUGCAAGAUCCUGUACCAGAAGUGGUUAAAGGAGCAUGGAGGAGUUAUUGUGAACAUCACAGCCACAUUGAACUACAGAGGACAGAUUCUGCAGGUCCACGCUGGAUCUGCCAAGGCUGCUAUAGAUGCAAUGACCAGGCACCUAGCAGUAGAAUGGGGACCUGACAACAUUCGCAUUAAUAGUCUGGCACCAGGGCCCAUAUCUGGGACUGAGGGCUUUCGGAAAUUGGGUGGUUUGGCAAAGGCUAUGGCAGACCACGAAAAAUUGAUUCCACUGCAACGAGUGGGGACAAAGUUAGAAAUAGCCCAUGGUGUGCUGUACCUUGUGAGCCCGGCAGCAUCAUACGUAACUGGCACAUCGCUUGUAAUUGAUGGUGGACAUUGGCUUACAGGGGCCAAUAACAUGUUAGUGAUGCAGGCACUCCUGCAAAAACCAGCCAGGCUGUAAACUACAACUCACCAUUGAGUUGGGUGGUGAGAGUUUUAAAGAGAUUGGAUCAAUACUGUGAAGGGUUUCUAUACUGUAACAUACAGCACACAUGUCAGUAACAGGAUACACAUGUACACCAUCCCAGUGCUGAGAGGAUGGACAGGGGGCCUGAGUCAGUCUUACCACUCUCUUGCUCUUGAGCAACCUGCCAAUUUGGUGCCUGACAGUACUCUGGGGUGGCUUCCUCUAUAGUUAACCACUAAACAGUUUUACUAAGGAUCAAUUGAUCAAUACUCCGUAAACAAUCGUGAUUCACUGCCGACACCAUCAUACAUCAAUCACCUGAGGCAUCCUUUGUGAUUUUAUGCUAACCUGGCCAUCAGCCAAUAAAUGGAUUGUAUUUCUC